AUGGAGAUGCCUGUUUUUGAUGUUCAUGAGAUGAAAACUUUGGAUUCUAAGAAGAGCUGGCAAUUGUUUUUGAAAACAAUAAACCAUGGCAACAAAUUGAUGGGCGAACACAAAUUCCCAAUGAAGUUUGAGCGUAUGGGAAAACAAAUGUUGAGAAAAUGUGGCGGUCUGCCGUUAGCUAUAAAAGAGGUGGGAAAGCAGUUAGUGGAAAAGAAACUCUCAAGACGGGGUGAAUGGGAACAACUUCUUGAAUCAGUUGAUUUUGGUUCAACAUUGAAGUUAUUGGAACCAUUUUACAAUAAAUUGGAUCCCAAACUGGAUUCAUGUUUCUUGUCUAUGGCCUUCUUCAAGGAAAAUACAACUUUGAGGGCAGAAAAGUUGACACAGAUUUGGGUUGUAGGAGGAGUAGUGGAUUCAGAAGAUGAAUGUAAACCAUAUUUAGAUGGUUUAGUCAAUGAAUCUUUUAUUGCAGUCAAGGACAAGAGCACGGAGUAUAGCAUGAAUACUCUGCUACAUAUGCUAUCCAUCCAAAAGGCUGAGGAGAAACUUAGUUUUGAGAUCCAAAGGAACAAUGGAAAUAAUCGACCUUCUGAGAGUCCUCGUCAUCAUCGUGUUAUCAUUUGUAGCAGAGACAAGUUCAACUACUCCACGGAUAAAGAUAAACUUCUUAUUUCUCUCUUCUUCCAUGGAGGUGGUUACUUUGACACUAAUUCAUCUUAUUGGAAGAGCUUUGAACAGCUUAAGAUACUUGACUUGGAAGAUUUUGGGUUGAAGACUUUACCGGAAACUAUCGGCACAUUGAUGGAAUUAAGAUACUUGGGAUUGAGAAACAAUUACUUACAAGAGCUCCCUGACUCGCUGGGGUGCUUGGAAAAGCUUGAGGUUCUUGACAUAGCUCAAAACUUUAUGGUGGAGGUGCCAGAUAUUAUAUGGGAAAUUUGUAGCCUUCGCCACCUCUACUUGUCUAAUGUGAUUUGCCGGAAGCCUUCCAAGAUAGCCGCGCUACAGAAUUUGAAGACCUUAACCUACGUCUCGGUUGAUAAUUUGACAUAUGAGCUCUCGGACUUAAAAAUGUUGAGGUUUCUUGAGAAAUUGGGGAUAGAAGAAUUGGACGGAAACUCAGAUGUAAGCAAGCUCUUUGUGGCAUUGGCUGUGUUGGAGAGUCUUAAACACCUAAUCUUAAGAGGGUAUCGUUUCAGAAGCAUGCCUUGUUUGGAUGAGCUUGGUAUUCUGCGCAGUGUUCGUACACUCAAAUUGGAUGGACUCCUUUCCAGGUUACCAAGUAAUCUCCCUCGAAAAAUUGAAUCAUUGACGUUGAUUGAUAGCUGUCUUGAUGAAGAUCCCAUGCCUCUACUUGGGAAGUUACCCAAGCUAAAAUACCUCAAGUUGCGGAACGCAUACACUGGUCAAGAAAUGGUGAUCUUGCACGAUGGCUUCGUCAGUCUCAAAGCCCUGUGCAUUGAAGAGUUGUGGAAUCUGAGAAAUGUACAAUGUCCUAAAUAUGCAAUGUUUGGGCUCCAGAAAUUAGAAAUCCAUGAUUGUCCAUAUCUGGAUACCCUCUCGAAAACGAUUGGGCCGAAGAACCGUCUGAAGGAGUUAAAGAUGGUGACAACCAAAAGCAUUGCGACAAAGAUCAAGAAUCUAGACUUAAUCUCCGAGAUAGGCAUCGUGAAUAUCAAUCCAUGA